AACCACAAUAAAGCAGUAAAAUUAGCAAAACAUAAACACAGUCACUAAAAACAGCACGAUGGCUCGUGAGAUGUUGGGGGUGGUCUUGGUUAUGGGGCUCCUACUUGCAAUGGUGCCCAACACCAUGCAAUCUCGUUUAACCGGCGCCAACCUUGACCGGCGUGGCAGUGCCUACAUUGGGCUCAUCUUAUCGACUGCUCAUGAUGAGCAGCUACUUUUGGAUUCUGGUAUGUUUGUCCCAGAAACUUCCGUCAAGAAAGCCGGAAGAGUUUUUAAAGUUGGAACUUUCAAAGGUGUUCCUACCAUUUAUGUCAUUGCUUUAGCACCUAUGGCUCAUGUAAGCUCAACAGUCCAAAUGAUGGUCGACACUUUCCCAAUUAUAGGGAUCAUCGAUUAUGGGAACGCUGCAUCUAUUAGCCCUUCAGUAAAACUUGCUGAUGUUGCAGUGCUUAGUGAAGCAUCCUUCAUUAGUGCAUGGACCUGGGAGCAAUAUGAAGGCCGCUCAAUGGAAGCGUUGAAUGAUCUUCCAUCAUUGAAAAUCGGAGACUACAACGUUCCGGAAGCAGGAGAUAACAAGCUAGCAAGUUUACAAUUCCAAAAGAUCAGCAAAUACACACCUAAAGGUUCAAACAAGAAAACCUUUUGGUAUUACAUUGAUCCCGAAUGGCUUAAAAUUGCUUCUCAACUCAAGGAUAUUACUCUUGAAAGCUGCAUUAACGGAAGGUUGUGCACUAAGGACGUACCAAGUGUUAAAUUUGGUGUAAAAGGAUCAUCUUCGGAUUCAUAUGUGCAAAAUGAGGCUUACGGGAAGUCCUUAAACAAGGAACUCGGUGUUUCCACCGUUGAUAGGAAAAGCGCCGCCACAGUAUCGACUGCCGUUGCGAAUGGAGUGAAGCACAUUGUGUUCCGUGGUGCUUCGAACAAGCCGGGAACAUCAUCAGACAAUGAAAUUAAAGCCUUGACAAGCAAAAAUUUAUUCAAAGUGGUUUCGGAGUUUGUUGAGCUACUCGCUAAUGAGCUGCCUAUGCUUAAGUACAAGUACAUCUGAAGUGUUUUUUGUGUAUGUUUGCUAGCUACUUUGCCAUGUCUAGCUUGUAUGUAGGUAUGUAAUUUUGUAAUAAAGUACCAAAAUAAAGAGGGCCUAAGCGAAGACAAAUCAAGGUUAUAGUGUAUGAGCUUUGAGCUAAGCAUUGUACCCAACUUUAAUUUGUAAGAUAAUAAAAUGAAUGAAGAG